CGGACGCGGUGUUCGGCGCCCUCCAGGUCUCAUCCUGACGCCUUUCGUUUUUAAUGUUGUGUCUCGGCGUGUGCAUGUGUGAUCGUUGUAAGAGUGUGGCUUUGUGUCCCUGUGAUUGCGUAGUUACCGACCGUGUAUAAAGAUCGCUAGUACCCGAGACUGUUGUGUCUGUACGUACACCGGCACGGUUUUUUUCGACGUGAAGUUUCGUUAAGAGCGCAUUCCAUCGAAUAAUCGAUUGCUGUUGUGUUGUUAUUUAUACAGUACUAUUUUUACGUGUAUUGUCGUUUACGUCAUGGAAACGACCGAGAUGACGUCGCCGAUGAUUGCUGUCUCUGUCGCCAUGGUUGACAACCCACCAGACGGAGAAUUAAUGAAGGGCCAGCCUAAAGAUCAGGGAGAUCAACAAGCCUUCUCGUCAUCUCCGACGGCUGCCGCAUCUGCCGCUAGCCCGACUCGCCAGAACGAUGACGAUGGCAUCCACCUGGCACCGGAAGGAUCUAAAUUAACACCAGUAGGAAGUGGAGGACUUCAAGUCGCUUCGGAAAGGAGAUUAUCCUUCGUCCAGCAGGAAGGUCGUGCCCGUUCGCGUAGCGUCGGCGAGAAGCAAUGGACUCGUGUCCGUGCCGUUAUGGCCUGGUACACCCGACUGCGCCGCAUCAAAAAAAGCAUUCCCGGGAUCGGUUCUAACGCCGAUGGUGCCGUUCUGGCACCCGACACGGCGCCGGUCACUUCGGCCCCACAUGAUCCGUCUUCGAUUGGUGAGGGCAGGUCAAGGAGCGCUCAACGCUGGAUGAAAUUACGGACGACCGUCCAGUUAACAAGCGCCAUAACCAGCACGGUGGCCCAGUCGAAGAAGACGUCGCUCAAACGAGAGGAUUCGUUCAUCGCCCGAUUCUCCACACGCCAAAUCCCCGAAGCUCAGGAGACGUUCGACGCGACGGAUGAAGGUGGGAGUAGUUCCGGUGGCAACGGUGGGAGCGGAACGUGCGGAGGAGCUUUACCUCCGUUGGGCGACAACAGCAAAACAGCUGGCGGAGCCAGCCAUUCUGUCGGCGAGAAAGUGAAGCGUCGCCGACGACACCAGAAACCGCCUCGUUCCGUCCUCAACCCGGACGAGAACGGCCUGUUCUAUUGGCUGGCCUUUUUGGCCCUGUGGGUCCUUUACAAUUUGUGGACGGUCGUCGUCCGUCUGGCCUUCCCCGAACUGCACCAGGACGAGAAUCUGUUCGCCUGGAACGUCUGCGACGCCCUGGGAGAUGCCGCCUACGCCCUGGACAUCGCCGUCCAGUUCCGGACCGGCUACCUGGAGCAAGGAAUCAUGGUCCACGACAGCCGCAAACUGGCCAUCCACUACGUUCGCUCAAAGGCCUUCUUGAUCGACAUGUUCAGUCUCCUUCCCUUGGAUUGGAUGCUGCUCUCGCACCAGGUGGCCGACCCGAUUCUGGCCAGAUGGAGGCCGGCUUGCCGCUUCUUACGCUUGGUCAAGCUCUACCGCGUCUUCGCCUUUUACUACGUGGUGGAAUCGAGAACGGUGUAUCCGAACGCGUGGCGAGUGGUCAAUUUGGUGCACAUCCUGCUGAUGCUGGCCCAUUGGUUCGGCUGCUUUUACUUCCUACUAUCCGAGUCGGAAGGCUUUCAGUCCGAUUGGUCCUAUCCGUAUCCGGAAGGCGAUUUCGGCACGCUGACUCGAAAGUAUCUCGGCUCGCUCUACUGGUCCACGCUCACCCUGACCACCAUCGGUGACCUGCCAACUCCCGAGACCAACGCAGACCGGCCGAGAAAACCUCAUCGGCCUCAGCGGUCGGCUUCCAUGUCUCCGGUGGCACCUCAUUCGUCAGCUGCCCCAGGAUGGGUCGGCCAAUGUUCAAACACGUCACGAUGGAAUGUCGCUUCUGGCAGCGUGUCCAGCCAAGGAUACAGUCACGGAGGCAACGACGAUGGAUUACAAGCGUUGCCAAGACGCGGGCUCAAGUCUCGCAUUCUCCACCAUUCCACCAAUCAAGGAUAUAUUUUUACCAUCGCCAGUUACUUGAUCGGCGUCUUUAUCUUCGCCACUAUCGUCGGUCAGGUGGGCAACGUCAUCACCAAUCGCAAUGCCAGCCGAUUAGAAUUCGAAAGACUUUUGGAUACGGCUAAAUUGUAUAUGAGACAUCACAAAGUACCUCGCAGCAUGCAGAGACGAGUUCAGCGUUGGUACGACUACUCGUGGAGCCGGGGGAGAAUCCAAGGUGGAGGCGAUACGAGUUCUGCAUUGCGUAUCUUACCGGACAAGUUGAAAACCGAAUUGGCACUUCACGUCAACUUGGCUACACUGAAGAAGGUGAGUAUAUUCAAAGAAUGCCAACCGGAAUUCUUGCACGAUCUUGUGCUGAAAAUGCGAGCCUCUAUUUUCACGCCGGGUGACAUGAUCUGCCGACGCGGUGAAGUAGCCCGUGAAAUGUUCAUCAUCGCCGAUGGAAUUCUUGAAGUCAUCAGUAGUGAGACGGGAAAGGUAUUGACCAGCAUGAAGGCCGGCGAUUUUUUCGGCGAGAUUGGCAUCCUCAAUUUAGACGGACUAAACAAGCGAACGGCAGAUGUCCGAUCCGUUGGCUAUGCCGAACUCUUCAGUUUGUCCAGGGAGGAUGUCCUGUCCGCCAUGAAAGAUUAUCCGGAAGCCGAAGAAAUUCUGUUGAGUUUGGGACGAAAACGGCUGAUAGAGGCGCGCAAGAUGGCCAGCCAACAUCGGGCUCAAAUGGCGCGUAAAGGUCUGCUGGCUUUGGAACGGGCGGCCCAGCUGAGAGCCCAACAGCAGGAGGCAACGGUGGAUGCAGUGACGUCCAGCGCGGCUGAAGGAUCGACCCAGUCCGCAGCUGCCAAAUUCACCGAACGGAUUCGCAGUGACGUCUUUGGAUUGAAAAAGGCCAUCAGUAAAAGCUUCAAAGAAUCAAGAAGGCCAAAGAGUGAUAGCCCGACCAUCGAAAUGGGCACUUACGGCGGCGUGGGUUCCACGUUAGGCGGAUUGUCCAAAGCCAGUUCGGUACCGCUAGGAAAUUCGACGUUGAUGUCGAUGUCUCCUUCCGGUUCCAAGUCUCACCUACUACGACGGAUGCCACGCGUCGCUAGCGAUGAAGCCCAAGCUACACACAACAGCUCCAAUGAAGACUGCCGUUUGACCCAGCCUUUGCUUCAGAAGCCGGAAUCGCCCGUGGAAGUCAUCGGUGCCGGAUUGCCUCUGUUCCAGCGAUUGAAGCUACUACGGCAAAGAGAACUUGAAAGAGAGAAACAACAACAACAAGAACAAGAGGCUUCACUAGCCAAAGCGGAAGAAGCGGAAACAGUGCGAGCACUGCAACAAGUUUCAGUCGCUCUGGAAGCGACGACAGAUGGCGUUAGUGGCAAAUCUACUCCGCCACCCGCUUCAACCCCUCCAUCGCAAAUGCGGGACGAUAAACAAGCCCGGCACAUUAGUUUCCUCGAUGAAACUUUGCCUGAGAAGAAACGCGAUUACGUUCCAGUUGAUCCGCCGAAAGUUCGAGGAAAAUCUGCUCGCUGGACGCUGCCCGGCAUGGUGAGUAAGACGAGCGAAGCCGCAAAAUUGGGCAAGACGAGGCUGUCCCGUUUGAACACCAUCAAACAAGCGUCGUCGUCGUCUUCGGCAAUUGAUUCCCUGGAACAAGCCGAACCACCGCCGCCUCUAAUACCUUCACUUCCGCCCACUCCGCCAUUCUGGCAAUCCAGCAAGCCGUGUCCAUCGCCACCUCCGCGACCACAGGCUCCUCCUCGGCCGCCAGCUCCUCAUUUUCCUGGUCUCGGCAUGCGCCGCAAGAAGCCGCCAAGGAGGGCGCAGACGAUGCGGCCGGAAGAUUCUCCGUGUUCCGUUCCAGAAGCGGACGUACCGUAUCAAUCGGAUCAGUCGUUCCGUUCGAUGAUGAAACAGCCGUGGCACUGGAGCAGCGACUUGGUCCAGCAGUCGACAACGCCGCCAUUAUCGUCCAAGUCGAGACCAUCAGGUCCGGCUGUAGGGCCACAUGCUGGUAGGCGAUUUUCACGCCAAAACACAAUUCAAGUUGUCUCGGAUGUUCAGGGAGUCUUGAGUGAUAUCCUGCGCGAUAUCGUGCCCAAUUCAAAAACAUCCAACCGUCCCGCCUCAGCCAAACCUUUGAAGGCCAACCCAUCCGUUCAGUCACCCGCAUCUGUGGAUUACGGAGCCACGAGACAACCGACAACCAACUGGGAAUCGGUUAGGCACGAGACGAUUGUUGGUGAUCGACCGCCGCAACGGCCGCAUCGGUUAAAUCUGCGUCAGUGCAAGAACCGCAGCUCGCGGGACUAUAAUUCCAUCGACGAUUUGUCGCCGGAAUACACCGUUUUGCCGUUCGUGAAGCGGCUAAAAAUCCUCAACGAGCGGCAGAAGAUUGUCGAACUGCAGAAAGCGCUGACGACGACGGCCACGUCGAUGGCGAGCGGAACGAGCGGAGACAGAAGUUCGACGUCGAUCGCGCCAACUCAGAACGCGAGUUCGAGUCAAAUGGCGGCCACAGAGGGCGACGAUAAGUCGGCGCUGGUGAGUGCCGAGUGCAACGAGACGCCCGAACGCGUUUGUUUGAAGAAGAUGCUCAAAUCAGCGUCUCGCAAAGAGAUGCUCCUGCCGCAGGACAAGAGUCAUCGCAUGAAAUUGCUGCGUUCGCAAACGGUCGAAGGCUACGCCAUCCGUCAUUCGAAUUUCACCAAACUCAAUCAUCAACGCGUCAAGAACAAUCACAGAAUCGCUCAAACUAUGCCGUCUCCUCCGCCGAUGCCGUUGUAUCAACCGGCGGAUCCUGCUGUUAGGCCGCCAACACCUUUACCCGCUGACCAGGAUCUUCGUGAAUUUAAUUCGAUAGGAGUCGAACAGAAGCAGCUGUCUUUCUUCAAAACCAGCGGACAAGAUGGCGUUAAAGAGGAAUGUGUAGCCGAAUUGCUGACGGCUAUCAAAACUGUCUUGCAAGACCGCCUGGACGAAAUUCAGGCCCGCUUCCAAGCUCAAAUUCUUCGCUUGCAGAGCGAAGUGGAGAAGAAGGACCAACUUAUUUGCCAAUUAGAAAUUCAAUUGGAAUCGCUCGGACUCCAACCGGUUGUACCUGUUCACCAGGUCAGCUCAGAAACGCAUUCGGAGCGAGAAGAGCAAACGAGUUCCAUCGAGAGUGACGAAGAGGAUGACGACGACAGUAGAACUUUGCGCUAUUUUGCGAGAUCUGUCUCGAAAGGUUCAUUUAUUCACCUGGCACCGGCAAGCCCUGCAGCCUCCCAGCUGCCAUCGCCUGAUAGUCAUCCGAAAAGUCCGUGCCUAUCGGUGGAUGACAUGCUCGACUCGGCGGCUGAAGAACUACCUUCGACGGCCGUUCUCAAUCCGGAGCCCCUGUGGCAGUUGGAAUUCGGUUCGUGCUGGCAGCGGAUGCAAUCUUCGACGACACCCGUCACCAGCAAUCCGAGGGACAUCAUCCUAGAUAUUGAGGAAAGCAGUUUGAGUAGCGUGAGUAGCAGUAGCGGAACCGAAACCGGCUCUUCAGCCAGACGGAAAAAAUUGAGAGCCACAAUGAGCUUGGAUGUGGCGGGUUCCAGACGGCAGCCAGCCGCAACGGCUGGAGUGUUGAAAACACUAUCGGCGCGGAGCGAGUCCCGCUCCCCGUCGGUCCCCUAUAAUCCAAAUUGGGAGAUCUUGAUGUUAGCCGAAUCGCUGGAUAAAGACGAAGAAAACGAAGAUGAUUUCGAUGGACAAUCUCUGCCAGGGCGACUGCGUCCGGAAGAACUUCCGGCGGCCCUCCCGGCGGUUGUUCGCCGGCGCCGAUCCUUGCGAUCGUCAGCAUCGGUCGAUCCGCAAACGAUGGGCAGUGCCAAAUCGAAAAAGAUGAUAGAGAAAUGGUACUGGAGUUAUCCGCCUCCGAAUCAGGACGAGCCGGCCGACUUUCCCGCAAAGUCCGACGGUGGGAAAUGACGUCAGACAACAACCGAGAACAGCAGUGCAUAGAGGCAAAACAUUUGCAUUGUUUUGUUUUUGUUUACAUACAUUUCAACGACUUUGUUCCACAUCCCUCCCUUUUGGAAUAUAUAAGUUCCGCAUCAAGAUCUCACCCUUUUUCGAUUACGCAGUACAUAGCAUUGUGUCGUGAUCUCAUUUAACACGUUUUAAAAUCAAAUGAAAUUUUUUCCUUUUUUUUUUUUUUUUGGAACAAAAAUUUAAAAAAAAACAUUUCGUCGUCUGCCCAAAACGAUUUGAACGCGUGUUGCGGUGCUGAAAGUCGUUCCCAACAAAUUACAAGUAUAAAUAGUAAAAAAAAAAAAAAAAACUGUCCCUGUUGUUUUGUUCCGUUUUUUCUUUUUUCUCCUCGAUGAUGAUGAUGAUAGAUGCUCUU